AGCAAUGUGCAGUCGGUCGAAGAUACUUGACCACUAUGAGGCCCGCCGCGGCGGUGGGCGACCGCGGCGGUGUGAACCCAGACCCACUGGUUAGAGGAACAUCACACCGCUAGGUUUCAUCCCGUGGGUUCAAAACCGGUCCAGCACAGUCGGAAACCGAAGCCGAGUUAGCGUCACCGAUAUUUGAAAAAUAGUGGAAAAUAGGACAAAUAAUCAUUGUCGGACCGGAUAUUGGCCUGCAUUUUUAGAGUAUUAUUCUCUUGUCCUUCUUUUGUGCUACGAAACUACAGGCUGACCUCAACAAGUUAUCAGUUCUGUUUCAGGCCACGUUUUAACUAGUUCUGUGACGCCCCCUGCUGUCAAUCACUCGCAAAGUGUGUGUGUGUGUGUGUGUGUGUGUGUGUGUGUGUGUGUGUGUGUGUGUGUGUGUGUGUGUGUGUGUGUGUGCGUGCGUGUGCGUGUGUGCGCGUGUGUCAGCAGAAAGAAACACAGUAUAAACUUGGAGAAACAGGAAUUCUAUUUGAAGAGCAGAAAGAGGAAAUAUGAAGAUGGAAGAGAUGAGCAGAGGACCACACUGAAUCACACACGGACACACGGACAGAGAGACUCAACAUGGACGGCUGUCUCUUGGCCACAGUGCUCUCUCUGCUGCCAGCCUUCCUGGGAGCCCAGGGCUCCGCCGACGACAGCUGGUCCAUGAAGGUGCCCCCGGAGGUGCGUGCGACCGAGGGCUACCCGGUGGUGCUGCCCUGCUCCUUCAGCCACCCCAACCACACCCCCCACUCCUCCCUGCUGGUGGCCUGGCGGCAGGGCACCACCCGCCUCUUCCACUGCACCACCCACGCCGGCCAGCAGGCCUGCGAGGCCUCCCCCCACCAGGACCCCCGCUACCGGCUGGAGGGGAACCCGCGGGAGCACGACCUCUCCCUGCGCAUCAACAGCGCCGCCCUGCAGGACGGAGGCCGCUACUACUGCCGCGUGGAGGUGCCGGGGCACAAGCACGCCAGCUACGAGGACAGGAUGGGCACGCUGCUCCGGGUGGAGGCACCGCCGCGUAUCCUGUCCCUGACGGUCCAGGGCAGCGAGGACUCGGGGUUCAGGGCGCAGUGCGAGGUGGAGGGAUCCCCUCUUCCGGACAUCCAGUGGGUCUCCCCGGACCACCUGCUGCUGGAGGGGCUGGAGGUGGGCCGGCCCCCCGGCCAGGGCUCCUCCCCUUCCCGGCACCACGCCGUCAGCCAGCUCCCUGACAUCCGCCCUGGGCAGCAGUACACCUGCAGCGCCACCAACCCCCUGGGCAGGGAGCAGGCCACGCUGUACCUCCUACCCCCCAGGAGGGAGGCCUGCCCAGGGGCCGCCGGCCCUCCUCUCCUGCUCCUGCUCUCGCUGUCCCUGGGGGCCAAGGCCCUGCUGCUAGGGGGGGUGGGGGUGUGGGCGGUGCAGGGAAGGGCCUCGUCUGGCCCUAUCUGUAGGUGGAGGUGAGCCGGUCUACAAGCCCACAACCGCUGUAUUCCUGGGCUUGGUGUCAUAGACCUCUGAAGAAUAAGUCCCGCCUCCAAGCCUCCCGGUUCCCUCGGUCAAAUGUCGAUGGGAAAUAACGUGUUUUUUUUUUUGAAUGACCGUACAUAACAAACUGUAGGCGGCGAGGAAGUUAAAGCUGCGUCACGUGGGUUUCUGGAUAUUCGGUGCCGUGAGAGUAGCAAACAAUUAUUAAUGCUACUUUAACGGCACAGACAAUUAAAAAAAAACAGCUGAAACUAGAUGG